ACCACAACUCCCACCCAUAUAGUCUUCGUGGAACUCUAAGUGGGGAAGUUCCAUUUCAUGUUCAUUUCCCAGUUUCAGUCUCUCUUUUCCUUCUCUUGUAGGCGAACUGUUCCUGCUGCUUCUUGUUACCAGCUAACUGAGGCUUUCUUCGUCCGAUUACUCUCUUCCAGUGUCGCACCAGCAAUGGUAGAGAAACCGAAGCCCGAGCCCCAGCCAAGUCAUGCCAAAGACGAAGCUUAUCUUGAAUCCGUCAUUCAGAAACGUAUUCGCCUCUUCGAAGCCAUCAAAGCCAAGCAAAUCGAGGAGCGGCAACGCAUAGGUGGAGAGCCAAUUAAGAUAACAUUGCCGGAUGGAACUGUCAAGGAAGGCAAGAAGUGGAUAUCCUCACCUAUGGAUAUUGCAAGGGACAUCUCAAAAAGUUUGGCUGCAAAUGCUUUAAUAUCUCAGGUCAAUGGAACACUUUGGGACAUGUUGAGGCCUCUAGAAGGUCACUGUGAACUGAAGUUGUUUACAUUUGAGACAGAUGAAGGGCGUGACACCUUUUGGCAUUCUAGUGCUCACAUCCUUGGACAGUCCCUUGAGAUGGAGUAUGGAUGCAAGCUAUGCAUUGGACCCUGCACCACAAGGGGGGAGGGUUUCUAUUAUGAUGCAUUUUAUGGUGAUCUAGGAUUGAAUGAAGACCAUUUCAAACAAAUUGAAGCAGGGGCAAUGAAAGCAGUUGCGGAAAAGCAGCCUUUUGAACGCAUUGAAGUAUCAAGAAAACAGGCUCUAGAGAUGUUCUCAGAAAAUAAUUUCAAGAUUGAAAUCAUUAAUGAGUUGCCAGAAGACAAGACAAUCACUGUCUACAGAUGCGGGCCUUUGGUUGAUCUAUGUCGUGGACCCCAUAUCCCAAAUACAUCUUUUGUGAAAGCAUUUGCUUGUUUAAAGGCUUCAUCGGCCUACUGGAGGGGGAAGAAGGAACGUGAAAGUCUACAAAGAGUCUAUGGGAUUUCUUAUCCCGAUUCCAAACGUCUGAAGGAAUACCUUACCCAGCUGGAGGAAGCAAAGAAAUAUGAUCAUAGAUUAUUGGGGGCAAAACAAGAGCUCUUCUUUUGUCACCCUCUUAGUCCAGGAAGUUGGUUUUUCCUGCCAUAUGGCACUCGAGUUUAUAACAAAUUAAUGGAAUUUAUCCGAGCUCAAUAUAGGGAGAGGGGUUACCAAGAGGUUUUGACACCAAAUAUGUACAAUAUGCAACUCUGGGAGACAUCUGGUCAUGCUGCAAACUACAAAGAAAACAUGUUUGUGUUUGAGGUUGAGAAACAGGAGUUUGGACUUAAGCCAAUGAAUUGCCCUGGGCAUUGCUUAAUGUUUGAACACAGAGUUCGUUCAUAUAGAGAAUUACCACUUCGCUUGGCUGAUUUUGGAGUUUUGCAUCGCAACGAAGCUAGUGGUGCACUUACUGGUUUGACACGUGUUAGGAGAUUUCAACAGGAUGAUGCUCACAUCUUCUGUAGGGAAUCCCAGAUAAAAGAUGAAGUUAGGAGUGUCUUGGAAUUUAUAAGUUACACAUAUGAUAUAUUUGGGUUCACAUUUGAGCUGGAGUUAUCAACGCGGCCGGAGAAAUUCCUAGGAGAUAUAGAAACAUGGGAAAAAGCUGAAGCUGCUCUUACAGAAGCAUUAAACGAGUUUGGUAAACCAUGGCAGAUAAAUGAAGGAGAUGGUGCCUUUUAUGGACCCAAGAUUGAUAUUAGUGUUUUUGAUGCCUUGAAAAGGAAAUUUCAAUGUGCAACAUUACAGCUUGACUUUCAGCUCCCUUCACGUUUCAACUUGUCUUAUUCAGCAGAGGAUGAGGCGAAGAGGGAAAAACCUGUUAUGAUACAUAGAGCAAUCCUUGGGUCUGUUGAGCGUAUGUUUGCAAUACUUCUGGAACACUAUAAAGGAAAGUGGCCUUUUUGGCUUAGCCCACGACAAGCAAUUGUUUGCCCUGUCUCUGAGAAAUCUCAACCAUAUGCAUUGCAGGUACGAGAUCAAAUUCAUCAGGCUGGUUAUUAUGUUGAUGUUGAUACAACAGAUAGAAAGAUCCAGAAAAAGGUACGAGAAGCACAGUUGGCACAGUACAACUAUAUAUUGGUUGUUGGUGAAGAGGAGGCAAACACUGGACAGGUGAGUGUGCGGGUCAGAGAUAAGGCAGAUCAUUCGGUGAAAAGUAUUCAGGAUCUACUCACACACUUCAAGGAAGAAGUUGCAGCUUUCCGUUAGAUUACCACACCUUGUAAAGAAAUAGAUGGGCGCUGAAGAAUUAUAGUACAAGGGAAGUUGGAAUUAUAGUAUAAGGCAGAUCAUUCGUUUUAUUCUGUUUUUUGUGUAAUUGUUUUAACAAUUCACACUGUUAUUUUGUUUGAGAUUUUAUUAAAAAGUUAGUGUGUCCUGAUUAUAGUAUAAGGCAGAUCAUUCUUCACACUUAGUGUGUCCUGAUUAUAUUUUGGGCAAUUGCACAUGAAAGUAUAAAAAUCUCUCAAUAUGUUCAUCAAUUUUUAUGCUUCUA